AUGACGCCCGGCCCAAGCAUGGCAUCCAACCACGACGCAUUCAAUGUCAUGGCAAAGUACGUGCUGCCCCGCUCGGCUGACGACAUUGUGAAGCAGCAGCUACCCCUCGCAACGGUUCUGCUCGUCCAUCUGUACGGAGGUGGCGCCCUGCUCGUCCCAACCGCAUAUCACGGUCUCGUCGAUUUUGAGGGGCUACAGACGUUCGUCUCGCACCUCUCAGUGGCUUACAAUGCCUUGCUUGCGAAACGUAGCAGUAGCACGAGCACCGGCGUUGGUGUCGGCCAGGUCGGCGGGGACAGCAGGGACGACGGUGGCUUCGGCAGUGGCUAUGACAAAAGCGGGAGCAGCACUAACCGCAACAACGGCGAUAACUUAAGUACAAGUAACAACGACAAGAACAGGGAUGGCAGUAGCACUAGCAACAAUAUCAGGAGUACCAGAAACAGCAGUAGUAUCAUUAGGCGCGGGUUUUUCGCACCCGAGGCGGUGGAGCGAUUGUGCGAGACAAACCGCCUGCGUCCCGGUUCGAAUCCCCGGGAGGCCAUGGCGGUGUUGUCAAAAUGGAGCGGACCGCUGGCGCUGCUGCGCAUCCUCUACCAACUCUUCGUACGGGGCGGCGGUGUGGAGAUACGCUCUUAUUGGAUUCCCCCAGAUCGGCUCGCGGACCUCAAGCAUGCAGCCACCCAGCAGCUCAAGAAGGGAAUGGUGGAGUGGGUGUCCACGCGGGACUGUCUGGCGGCUCGUCUGAUGCAGCCCUCCAUGUUCAUGUUGGUCAUUGCGAACCUGCGGCCCCGUGUACGGCCGCCGUUGCCGGACAGCCAGCUGGGCAACCACAUUUGGGGCGCGCGUGUGGACUGCGUAAGGCCCUCCGAGAUGGAGCUGGGGGAGGUGGCGGCCCGGGUGCGACUUGCACUCACCAGGGAUUUGCCUGCGCAGUACUGUGAGAUCGUACGGCAAAUGAAGAUGUUGACUGCCGUACACGCGGCCCGGCAGCUGAUUACCGAACUGAUCAUUACGCGAGAUCCGUACAAGUGCCUGGUGGCGCCUGAGGGACCCAUCAUGGUGAACGAGUGGAGGGUGCAGUACGACUUGUGGCAGUUCGGCCCGGAGCCCCCCUUCGCCUUUAACCCGGUCAUCCCGCCAGGGCUGAGUCCCAACCUCGUGUGCAGCUACCCCGCGGCACCACACGGUGGCGGUAGCGGCAGUAGCGGGGGCACCGGUGGUCUCUUUUUGAUGGUAUCUCUCCACCGGGCGGUGUGGCGGCAACUGGAUGCCGUGACGGGAGGCGAUCUGGUGGGGGCCUUAUGA